GCCAUGGCUCAGUAGAUGCCGAUCUUUCGAGACGACGAAGCCACUUCAAGAACCAGAGCGUUUACUACCGAAAGUAGUAUACUAACGUGACUUCGAACGUCCGAAUCCACGGGCCGCUAGAAAACGAUAGAGGGGGAUAGGGAAAAACUUUUGUUUCGGUACAUUCAAAACUGCAUGCAGAGUGAAUGCGCACACGCGCGAGAAAAGGCGGGUAAACCAAAAACAAUUUUGAAAAGGCAUAAUAGGAAAGAGUAAGUGCGCUAAGACGUAACUGUUGAGUGCGCGUGAAACUCCAGCGCCAAAGAUUGGCAUCUCAAUAUUUGGACCCUGCAUUGCGCCAGUGGAAUCUGAGUCGGUCGGUCACGUGUGCAAAUUUGGCGAUCGACGGUUACAGUGGACGAGUUUCAGUGAUCGCCGUGUGACUGAAGAAGUAUUCGAAGCCGCUUUUCGAAGCAAGUGAAACUGGAUGAGGCGGUGAUUGUGAGAGAUUCAGAAUUUUAUGGAAAUGGUCGAUUGGAAGAGUUGAAGUUUUGAUUGAUAUCCAACUAGUUCAGAAAAUCUGUGUGAAAGCGUUUCAAAGCAUCGAAAAUGGCAACGAAGAUGGCCAGCAGUUUUCAGUUCCUUGGUGGCAAUUCGACAAUGGAUAUCAAUGGCAAUGGCAAGGGUUAUGGGAAAGGAGUGUCAGUCAUCAGUGACGCGAACAACAACGAAACGGUGCUGGACGAUGAUCAUUCCAUUUCCGAGAAGGAUGUAAACGCCUACCUGCAGCACUACAACAAAUGGAAACAGUCGGUGCUGGGUCAUCGAUUGACGGAAAUCCUGCGGGAUUACUUCGGCUACGAGUUUGACGCCGAGAUCAAGUGGAACAAUGUACUUAUGAUAGGCAUCUUUCAUGUGAUAGCAAUCAUUGCCUUUUCCAAGCUGAUCUGGAUAGCGACGCCAAUUUCGUACCUCUGGGGUUUCUUCGUAGGUGGUUGUGCCGGAUUCGGCGUUACUGCCGGUGUCCAUCGGCUAUGGUGCCACAAAGCCUACAAAGCCAAACUACCGCUAAGGAUCAUUCUGAUGUGCUGCUACUCGAUUGCCGGCCAGAACACCAUCUACGACUGGGUGCGCGAUCACCGCAUCCAUCACAAGUACUCGGAGACGGACGGCGAUCCACAUAACUCGAACCGAGGCUUCCUGUACGCACACGUCGGGUGGCUUAUGCUGCGAAAGCACCCGGAAUGCAUCAAGAAAGGCCGACUCAUCGACAUGACUGACAUCACCAGUGAUCCGGUAGUCCAGUUUCACCACAAACAUUUCGUCCUGAUGAAGAUCCUGUUCUGCUUCUUCCUUCCAACCUUCAUUCCGUGGUACUUCUUUGGCGAAACGUUCACGAUGGCCUUCUUCAGCCAGUGCUUCGUUCGAUAUGUACUUAGUUUGAACUUCACCUGGCUGGUCAACAGCGCGGCACACAUUUACGGCAACAGGCCCUACGACCAGCGCAUCCAACCGGUGGAAAACAAGGCCGUCUCCAUCGUGGCAAUGGGUGAAGGAUGGCACAACUAUCAUCACGUGUUUCCGUGGGACUACAAGGCGGCCGAACUGGGCAAUUAUUCCGUCAAUGUGACUACCUUCUGGUUGGAUUUGUUUGCCAAAAUCGGUUGGGCGUACGAUCUAAAGGAACCAUCGAAGGAGCUGGUGCGUAGAACGAUCGAGAAAUACGGCGAUGGAACGCAUCUGGCGAUUUCGACCAAGGACCGAAUCGAAGUGCCCGAUCCAGAGGAAUCCAAGUCGCUGUAAGCCGAAAUGAGGAGGGAAGGAGGGUACAUCCCACACAACAGUCUUUAAUGUGAUCGACCAAAUUAGUUUUCAGUUGUUGGGAUUGGCUAUGCUGAACCAGAUUUUAUAUGCAGUAAGGAUAGAAUCACUGAGAAGGGUCUCGUCGAAUGCAAAACUUAUUUAAAUUAAACUGUAUUACUAAUAGUACUUUUCUACUAAAUUAAAAAAAAACGAAAAACAUCUUCAA